ACUAUCAGAUAAUAUAAGCUGCAAUCUUUCACUAAAAUAAUAAUCAAACAUAUAAAUCAAUUAAUUUCAUUUAUAAUUUAAUAUUUAAAAAAAAAAAACUGAGGUUAUGCUUUGUCUUGUUGACCAAGUUUUUGUAUUUUUUUUUAUCAAAAAAAAUAUGUACUUAUGUUAAUUUCUUUUUAUGAUAAUUGAUUCUAGUAAAAAUGCCAAAAUCUAAGGAAUAUCUUUCAUCAACUGAUAGCAGUGAUGGCAACAGCAGUGCAGAUGAAAAACCAAAGAAGAAAAAGAUGAAGAAGGAAGAAAAAAAAGAAAAAGCUGCUAAAACAUCAAGUAAAAAAGCUUCAUCAAGUACUGAAGACAAGCAAGAUGAUGUUUGGGAACUUGGCAAUUUAAAACAAGUAACUGUUCGUGAAUUUAAAGGAAAAACAUUGAUUGACAUCAGAACAAUGUAUACUGAUAAAAAUUCUGGUGAAUUGAAACCAACUAAAAAAGGUAUUUCUUUGAGUGUUGAACAAUGGAGAAAAUUAGUAGACUCAAUUGAAGACAUUGACAAAAUAUUUAAGUCAAGAUCUUAAAUUAUUAAAUGUAUUCUCAUCUUCAAGUAUAAUUUAUUAUUUUUUCUCACACUUGCCUUAUCAA